AUGGACGCAAAGCGCGCAAAGACUGGUGCCGACGAAGGCAACAAGACGGUCGUGCUGGCCUACAGUGGCGGCCUCGACACAUCUUGCAUCCUCGUAUGGCUCAUUGAGCAAGGCUACGACGUCGUCGCAUACCUGGCCGUGUACAUCGAGGACCUGAAGGAAGAGUUCAUCCGCGACUUCAUCUACCCGACGGUGCAGGCCGCCAAGGCCGUGUACAUCGAGGACCUGAAGGAAGAGUUCAUCCGCGACUUCAUCUACCCGACGGUGCAGGCCAACGCCAUCUACGAGGACCGCUACCUCAUGGGCACCGCCAUCGCCCGCCCCUGCAUUGCCCGUCGCCAGAUUGAGAUUGCCAAGAAGGAGAACGCGGGCUUCGUCUCCCACGGCGCCACCGGCAAGGGCAACGACCAGAUUCGCUUCGAGCUCACCUACUACGCCCUCCAGCCAUCCAUCACGGUGAUUGCGCCGUGGCGUGACCCGGCCUUCUACAAGCGGUUUGCGGGGCGGAAGGAUCUGUUUGAGUACGCCAAGCAACACGGCAUCCCACUCCCCGUCACCCCGAAGAGCCCAUGGAGCAUGGACGCAAACCUCAUGCACAUCAGCUACGAGAGCGGGGUGCUUGAGAACCCGUCUGCCCACGCGCCACCGGGCAUCUUCAACAUGACGACCGACCCCGAGAAGGCGCCGCAGGAGCCGACGACACUUGCCAUCGAGUUCAAGCACGGCGUCCCAGUCAAGGUGACGAACAAGACGGAGGGCGUGACGAAGGACGGUAUCGUGGAAAUGUACCUGUACCUGAACGAGGUUGCCGGCAAGCACGGUGUCGGCCGCAUCGACAUUGUCGAGAACCGCUUCAUCGGCAUGAAGAGCCGGGGCGUGUACGAGACGCCAGCGGGACAGGUGCUGCGCGAGGCGCACAUUGACAUUGAGGCGCUGACAAUCGACCGGGAAGUGCGCAAGAUCCGCGACAUGCUCUCAUCCAAGAUGACCGAGCAGGUGUACCACGGGUUCUGGUGGAGCCCCGAGGCGCUGUACGUGCGCAAAGCGAUUGCGCAGAGCCAGGAGGACGUGGAGGGCGUCGUUGAGCUGAAGCUGUACCGGGGCAACGUGUACAUCCUCGGGCGGUCGUCGCCAAAGAGCCUUUACGAUGAGGAGCUCGUGAGCAUGGACGUCGAGGGCGAGUACGACCCAAAGACGGCAGAGGGCUUCAUCAAGGUGAACGCACUGCGCCUGCGGGAGUACGGACGUCUCCGCGGCCCCGCUGACGAGUCCACAAAGCAGUGAUGCGCACGCACAGUGUUGCUUGCAGGCACGCUCAUCGGUCGUGAUGGCGGGCGAUGGACAGCCCUCUCCUGCUUUUUGCUUCUGGCUGGUUGCGUUGGUGGUUCGUGUUGCAUUGAAUAGAGUCAACUUCGGCAAAGACAACAACAUCUGCAAUGCAAUGUAG